GCCAGCUGAAGCUGUCCAUCGAGGUGCAGGGCCGGAUCCUGGUGCUGCACAUCCUGGAAGCAAAAGGUCUGAUGGGAAAGGAGCACCGGCCCUGUGACUCCUACGUGAAGAUGUCCAUCGUGCCAGAUGCUGGCUGGAAGUGCAGGCAGAAGACGAGGACGGUGCCAGACAGCCAAAACCCCGUGUUCCACGAGCACUUUGUUUUCCUGGUGCAGGAGGAGCAGGAGCAGAAACGUCUCCUGGUCACGGUCUGGAACCGAGAGAGGAAUUCCAGGCAGAGUGAGCUGGUCGGCUGCAUGAGCUUUGGUGUGAAGUCCCUCCUGGCCCUGCACAAGGAGAUCAGCGGCUGGUACUAUCUCCUCGGGGAGGACCUGGGCAGGACCAAGCACCUGAAGGUGGCCGUGCGGCGGCUGAGGCAGAGCAGAGAUCCCAUGGCCAGACUCCCUGGAGAUGGUGACUCGGGUGUCUCUCUCCAGAUCAGGAUCCCCCGGGGGAGCGACGGGUUUGGCUUCACCAUCUGCUGCGACUCCCCGGUCCGCGUGCAGGCGGUGGACUCGGGUGGCCCAGCAGAAAAGGCUGGUCUGCAGCAGCUCGACACGGUGCUGCAGCUGAACGAGCAGCCUGUGGAGCACUGGAAAUGUGUGGAGCUGGCACACGAAAUCCGGAACUGUCCCACUGAGAUCAUCCUGCUGGUCUGGAGGCUGGUCCCUCAGGUGAAGCCGGGGCACGAGGGCAUGAUCCGCAGAUCCUCCUGCAAGUCUGCCUACGACCUCCAGUCCCCUCCCCACAAGCGGGAGAAGAACGGCCCCGAGCAGCGCCGCAGCUGCCACCUGCUGUGCGACGGGAGCGACCGCCUGCUGCUCGACGGCUGGGAGAGGUACACAGAGCUGGGCAAGGGCAGCCAGAACACCAUGCCAGCCCUGUCCCGGGGCCACGCCGACCAGAACUACAUCAUCUUGGCACCUUUGAACCCGGGGAGCCAGCUGCUGAGGCCUGUCUAUCAGGAGAACAACACUACUGAGAAAUGUGGAAAUGCAUGUAAAGGGAAAUCACACGUGGGCUCUGGGAGGAAAUCCAGGCUGAUGAAGACUGUGCAGACGAUGAAGAGCUAUGGGAACUACCAGAACUGCACCAUCGUGAGGCCACACAUCCCCCACUCCAGCUAUGGCACCUAUGUGACCCUGGCUCCCAAGGUGCUGGUGUUCCCUGUCUUUGUCCAGCCCCUAGAUCUUUGCAACCCAGCCCGGACUCUGCUUCUGUCAGAGGAGCUGCUGCUUCAUGAGAGCAGAAGCAGGACUAUACAGGUGACCCUCUUUGUCUACUCUGACCUGCUGCUCUUCACCAAGGAGGAUGAGCCUGGGCGCUGCAACGUGCUGAGGAACCCCCUCUACCUGCAGAGUGUCAAGCUCCAGGAGGGUGAGUGUUCAGAAGAUCGGAAGUUCUGCAUCCUUUACCUUGCAGAGAAGUCGGAGUGCUUAUUAAGUUUGGAGGCUUACUCCCAGGAGCAGAAGAAGAGGAUCUGCUGGUGUCUGGCUGAGAACAUCACCAAGCAGCAACAUCCGGCAUCGGCUCCUGCGGAGGGCAAGAACGGCUGAUUACUCUUCCUUCUGACUCCGUGACCUGAGAUUACCUCGGAGAUGAUGGCUGGCUGUCUCUGAAAGAUGUAGAUUAUCCUUAAGCUAAAUAAUUACGGACACUCGGUGGUGCGGACUUUGUGGGAGCGGAGGACGGGCGCUCCCCUUGUUCCCCGGGGGAGGUGGUGGAUCCUCAGCACUUU